GAUGCAUGAGAAGGCUUUCUUGUUUGUCGACGAACCAAAUUUCUUGCCACCGUCUCGAUAUCCUCCGGGGAGAUUCAAGGCUUGUAAUGGUAUUAAUUGCAAUCACGAUUGAUUUCCAUUCAAAUCCCCUAGCAUGAGUAGCUCCAGGGUGUGUUCCAGUUGCGUUCGGGCAAGUCAAGUUCGACCGCGCCAAACGCUGCACUUGGACUCGCUCACACGCCAUGCUCUGCAGCGUCAAGCCCCUUUACAAGCAUCGACGCGGCUGGAGUUCUCUACGUCGAUACCACGACAGGAAUCUAAACACCUGGUGGCAGGGCACCAGGUUCCUAGGAAGUCGAAAAUACCGUUGCUCUUCUCGCUUACUGCCGCUGCCCUGGGCGGUGCAGCCUACUAUGCACUCAGUGGGGAGUCAGAGGACGAUAGCCUCAAUGGUACAAAAUUCACGCCGUUCAAUAUCAUUGCCAAGGAGCAGGUUUCGCCUACAGCAUUUAUCAUCACUAUUGCCUGCCCAGAGAAGGUAGCAACGAAAAACAAUGCCAAGAUUAAAGCCGCGUGGGACCACGGCUUGUGGUCUGUUGAGAUGAAACAACCUCAACUCCAAAUCGCAAGGCAUUACACACCACUCCCUCCAUUGAACAAUGCCCGCACUGAUGAGAACAACCUGCGCUUUCUCAUUAGGAAGAUGGAUAGCGGAGAGAUGUCAAACUACCUGGCCAGGCUGCAAGUCGGCGAUCAGGUAUGGCUACGGGGGCCACAUUAUGGAUUCGAUGUCGCAAAACGCAUGGGCGACGCAAAAGAUGUCGUGUUCCUGGCUGGAGGUACUGGUGUUGCGCCCGCUUUGCAAAUUGCCCGCAAGCUACUGGGCGACGCAGAACAUGCGGCUGGUGGCCGAAAACCAGCUAUACAAAUCCUGUGGGCGAACAGAAGAAACAUCGACAGUUUGGGCCGGGAGGCACUCACUGGGAAAGCGAAGAGAGCAGCCGAUAACACUGCGUCGGAUACACUCACAAAGCAGAUUGUGGAAAUGAAGCGGGGAUACGGGGACAGCUUCAAUGUCCAGUAUUUCGUUGAUGACGAGAAGUUCAUCACGCUUCAAGACGUCAAUGCGGCCGUGGCGAACCAGACCGGUUCCGAAAAACGACCUUUCUUUGCAGCCACGGACAAACGAUGUCGCUGGCACUCGCAUCAAGGGCUUGCCACGACGUCAGAUGAGGACGAUAAGGAUGCCGGUGGAUCUCCUUGCUCAUGCCGCCCACAUAAUAUGCCGCCCGAACCUAUCGGCAGGAAUCUUUUGUGCGUUUCCGGCCCCGAUGGGUUUAUAGAAGCCUUUGCGGGACCAAAGCGCUGGUUCGGUGGCAAGGAGAUCCAGGGUCCGGUCCUAGGCUUGCUAGGAUCCAUGAAGAGGAUAGACCCCAAGAUGGAUGAUUGGCUUGUACUCAAGAUGUAAAUAAUAUGUAUAUCAACUCUGGAGUCAAUGAUUGGCCAGUUCUGGUGCAAUGUAGUAUCAAGCUCAGAAAGCAAAUAGCCUCGGUAGACCGUAUUAUAAAUCCAAUCAAAUAUUGUUACAGCUGCACACUUGUUCACGCU